UCAAAAGAUGAGGAAUUGGGGAAGUUUUGCGAUUCAUACACUUUAGAGUAUGUGUGCUCGAUAAAUGGGGCCUGGAGAAUCUCUGUUGUACGACUUUGCACUGGGUAGAGAUGGCCAUAGUUUUUCACUAGCAGUCCAUCCUGAAAGUUUUGUGACGGACUACAUGUGAAGUAGUACUCAAGCAAAACGAGUGACUUUGUGUUGUUAUUUUUAGCUAUGGAGGCACGCGCUCAACAACGCUUGGAACGAAAGAAAGCUUUAGAUGAAAAGAAGAGGAAAGCUGAGGAAGAAAAGUUGGAAUUCCUCAAGAAGGAGCAGGAACGUAAAGAAACAGAACUGUUGGCGGAAAAACAAGAAGUGCUGCGUAAGAGAAAAGAAGAGAAACGCGCGGCUAGAGAGCGAGAGCUCGAGAAACAGCGUCAUUUAGAACACAAUCGCCAGCAGGUCGCCAUGGCAACCCAACACUACGCAUGCACCCUUCUCAAAAAGUUUGGUAUGUUGCCAUGGAGACGUGUAGUGGAGACGACGCGGGAGAACAUGUCACGUGCUGCGUUACAUCAUAACAGAGUGUUACUAAAAUGCUGUUUCCAUCCUUGGUUGGAGUUUACUAGAAGAGUAAAUGAAGAGAGACUGGAGGCAGCAGAAGCAUUGUGUAAAAAUAUUUUAUUACGUAGAACUUGGAGACAGUGGAGAAAGUAUGGCCAGCAUGCUGUCAGACUUCAGAUGGUAGCGGAAGACUACUGUUCGUCUUACCUGGUGAAAAAGUACUUCAGAUACUGGCAGGAUUAUGUUACCGAACAACAGAUCAUGUUAUGGGAGAAAGAAAGAAUAGCUGAGGAACACAAUGAAUGGCGAUUGAAGAAGUUAGCAAUGAUCUACUGGAGGAAGUACAUACCCAUGAUGAGAUCAGAACGAGAAAAAGACAUCAGGAGAGCGGAAAUGAGGAAAAGAGUUCACUCAUGGCUACCUGAUUUUCAAACUCUAACUGAAACAUCGCCAUGA